AUGGCUAAGAAAAAUCAAGUCGCCAGAAACGAAAGAGAACGAAACCGUGUGCAUCAGGUUAAUCAUGGCUUCGAUGUCCUUAGAACCCACCUCCAACCAAAGAACCAAAACAAGAAAUGGAGCAAGGCCGAUACUCUUCGUGAAGCUGUCAAGUAUAUUCAACGUCUUCAACACAUUCUGAACCAGGAACCACAGCAACAGACAGUAUCAUCCCCAAAUACAUCUCCAAACUAUGUCAUGUCCUCUAACAACUACCCAGCAUAUGCUACAAAGGAUCAGUUCUCGAUGUAUCAUUCCAACAAUAGCUACAAUCAAAUGUCAACACAUCAAAUGCCGGUACUUCCCCAUGGUGACAGCUUCAAUUCUCCAACAUCGUCUGUUUCCUCAUCCUCAUACUCCCCAACUCAAAUGUGUUAUCCUCCAGUUUCCUAUGCCAAUUAUCAACAUUCGUAA